AUGGGUGCGGGAUUUCUGGGGGAAAAGCCAAGGCAAAAGCGGGGGAUAUAUUAUACUUCCCCACAAGAAGCCAAGAUGAGGAACAAAGCCAAUGAUGGGAUGGCUAGAUCGAGUUGGAAAUCCGAAAUGGGGGCAAAUGAUAAGUGCGAAUAG